AUGUCACGUCCAGUCGACGAAGUUCUACGCGACGCGCGCACCGUCGUCAACAUCACCCAUUUCCGCGAUGGUCAUAUGCCUACCGACAGAGAGGUCGAGACGAUAUGGCAGAAGAGCAUCGGCCUGCAUAUCCUCGAGUACAAACUGGUCGCACAGAUUGCUACGCUGCAGAAGGAUCUGGAUGCAGUCCGAGAGCAGGUCGCUCUACACCGCGGUCUUGUAUCUUGCUACCGUCGUGUCCCGCCAGAGAUCCUCUCUGACAUCUUCGUCCUUGCUCUGCCAAAUGACUGGGACAAGAGGUGGAACAUGUUAGGGACGCGACAAAGAGUCCUCAAUUUCGCUAGUGUCUGCACAUCCUGGCGGGCGGUCGCUCUCACUAUGACGCCCAAGCUAUGGACUACACUCAAUCUUUGCGAUGGGACCUUUCGUGCCAUGCAGCGCCAUCCAUGGGCCUUGGAGAUGGAGCUGGCGAAGACAGGUCAGGCGCAGCUGGACCUGCACAUCUGCAUCUCGCCCUUCCGGUCGCCGGGAGCGGAGAACUUGGAUGACUUUUGGCACGACCGAAGUUGGGGACUACUCUGCGCGCAAUCGCACCGAUGGCGACAGCUGUCGCUCGAUGGGGCUCCCAUGUCCGCCUACAACGACCUGGUAGGGCGCGAGUUCCCCCUGUUGACGCGCCUAUCCGCCGUAUUCUCGAGCUAUCAGUGGGCAGCCGAUACCACAGUUCCUUUGCACGUCUUUGAGACUACGAAUGCUAUCGAGGAUUUAUCUGUCGAAUACGACUGCACCAUUCGGGACCUCGAGAUACCGCGGACGUGGAAAAUCACUUCGCUCGACAUCCAGUGCACUACCGAAUUCGGAGGCUCCAUCCUGGAGCCAUGUCUGGAUGCGAUCAUAGCCUGCAGGGACACCCUCCAAUCAUGCACCCUUUCCAGCGAAACUGACUCUGCAUUGGCUAAUGCUCAGCUGCGGCCCACUCAGUUUCCUCACCUUCGCAUCCUCACCCUCUAUUAUCAUGCAAUACUUCUAUGCCCUUGCUUCGCUGUCCCAAAUCUUGGCUCUCUCCACUUGUACAGGCGGAUCUACGAUGAAAUCGAUCCAUACGAGGCGCUAACGUCUCUCCUUGAUUGUUCAGAAAAUUGCACAUCGCUUCGAUCCCUGUGGCUACAUGGCUUACCGCCGUCGCCGAAUCAGGACAGCAUCACUGGGAUCCUGCGACGCAUCCCGUACCUGGAGGACCUCGAGCUCGCGAACAUCGAAGACCCCCAAGAUCUCGACGACGUCUUCGUCCGCCCAGAACUUCUUCACGCAAUGACCCGCGAUCCCGAUACGCCAGACUCAUUCUUCUUCCUACCCAAGCUCAAGCGACUCGUCGUGGUGACUCAGUUCCCAGACGUGGACUACGACGAGUACCCAGCAUAUCGCCAGGCUAUGAGAGAUCUGCUAGCUUCGAGGAGGUGCACAUAUCGGGACUGGAAUGUCGAUUCCUGUGUGGAUUGUCGGACCACCAGCCAGGCCGCCAUGCCACGUUCCGUAACCGAGGCCAUACGCGACGCGCGCACCGUAGCCAACAUGGCCCAUCUGCGCGAUGGCUACAUUCCGUCGGAUCUGGAGGCGGCGGCUAUCAGAUUGAAGGCGGAGCAACUACACAAGAUCGACCUCGAACUGGGAGAACAGAUCGCAAGCUUGCAAGCCGACCGGAACGCCAUCCGAAGGCAGAUCGCCGUGCACCGAGCGCUCGUGUCGUCCUACCGUCGCAUACCAGCAGAGAUCCUUUCAGAGAUCUUUACCCUUGCUCUGCCAGAUGACUGGGGAAAAAGGAAAACUAUGCUGGGGACACGACGGAGGGUCCUCGACUUCGCUGGCGUCUGUACGUCUUGGCGGACGGUCGCUCACACUAUGAUGCCACGGCUCUGGACGGAACUCAGAAUCGACGAUAGGACCUUUCGUGCCAUGAAGCGUCAUCCUUGGGCCAUGGAGGUGGAGCUGGCGAAAACAGGACAGGCCCCGUUGGACUUGCACAUCCGCAUACCUUCGUCGUGGACGUUGGAGGGCGCAGACGACUUCUGGCACGACAAAUCCUGGGAGUUACUCUGCGCGCAGUCGCAUCGAUGGCGGCGGAUGUCAGUCGAUGGAGUACCCUUGUCUGCUUACAGCAGCCUGGCUGGACGCGAGUUCCCAUUGCUGACGCAUCUGUAUGUCAACUUCUAUGGGGAGCAGAGCAGGCCUGCAGCCGCGUUGCCGUUGGGCGUAUUCGAAAGUGCGACCCAUGUCACAGAUUUGCGCAUCGACUACAACUUCACAAUCCGGGUCCUCGAGCUACCGCCCGCAUGGGCAAUUACUUCACUGAAUAUUGACUGCUCAGGGGACAGGGGCUGCUCUCUGGAACCGUGCCUCGAAGCGGUCAAAGCGUGCAGCCAAAGUCUCGAGUCAUGCAUGCUUCUCAGUCGAGCAUAUCUUGAGCUGUCCCCCGCCCAGCGAGAACCCGAAUCGUUUCCCCGCCUUCGCACCCUCUCCCUUUUCUACUUCGCAGUCCUCCUCUGUCCUUGCUUCGCGGCCCCGAACAUCACUACCCUCGACUUACACACGCGUCUCUACGAGGAUCUGCACCCGUACGAGGCACUGUUAUCCCUUCUGAACCACUCAGAGGACUGUAGAUCGCUCAUAUCCCUCAGCCUGGAUGGCUUGCCGCCGCCUCCAGAGUUCGACAGCGUCACGAGGAUCCUGCGGCGCCUGCCGCAUCUGAAGGACCUCGAGCUGAUGAACAACGAGUUCAUCGAAGAAUUUCGCGAUGCCACUGUCAACCUGGAGCUCCUGCGCUUGUUGACCCGCGAUCUCAGCAGGCCGGAGUCGAUGUCUUUCCUGCCCGCGCUAACACGACUCUACGUGGCGACGUGCGCUGCAUACGGCGGCGAUGAGUACAUGUCAUAUCACAUUGCCCUCAGGAAUCUGCUAGAUUCGAGGAGUAACGCAUUGCGUGUGGGCAGCGUCGACUUGGCGCCUCUGCGAUACCUGUAUAGCGACGCUCUUGUAUCCCACGGGUUGCAAUUGGGGUGGAUCAUGGGCCUGCCCGUAGCGCUGGGAAGGGGCGAGGCCAGAUCCACUACAUACAAGGGCAUUCAAAGAAACAUUGUGAAUACAGAAGAACCAGAACCUGACAUUUACCUCCACUAUACGCUCGUCAUAGCGAGCACGGCGCAGCUUGUUUACGACCUUCAUGACCGGGGCAAGUCCAUACACCCAGAAUUAGUAGAUUACAAGUUGUCGGGACCCAUCUGUCAGCCCCGGCCUGUUGUCGCCAUGCCACGUUCCGUAGUCGAGGCCAUACGCGACGCACGCACCGUCGCCGACAUUGCUCUUCUGCGCGACGGUCAUAUCCCCUCUAACUCGGAGGCGGUUGCUAUUGAACGGAAGGCAGAUGACCUGAAGAAAAUCGGACUUGAGCUGGCGGAAAAAAUCGCAGGUCUCCGAGCCGACCAGGAGGCCAUCCGAAGGCAGGUCGCUGUGCACCGUGCCCUCGUGUCCUCCUACCGUCGCAUCCCGCCAGAGAUUCUCUCAGAAAUAUUUAUUCUUGCUCUGCCGGACGACUGGCAAGAAAGGCCUGCCAGAAUCGGGACGCGACCGAGGGUCCUUGCCUUCGCAGAGGUCUGCACCUCGUGGCGGGCGGUUGCUCUCACCAUGACGCCGCAGUUUUGGUCUACCCUUAGCAUCGACGACCGGGUCUUCAAUGCCAUGCAACGCCACCCAUGGGCCUUUGAGAUGGAGCUCGCGAAGGCAGGCCAAGCGCCCCUCGACCUGCGUAUACGGAUGCCUACAUCAUUGUUCUCAGAAUCCGUCCAGCCUUUCUGGUCAAGCGAAGCCUGGAGCCGACUUCACGCGCAAUCGCAUCGGCUGCGGCGGUUGUCGCUCCACGGAGCGCCAUUGUCUGCUUACAAUGACCUCGCCGGGCGCGCCUUGCCGUUGCUAACGCGUUUCUCCUUCGAUUUCCUCUGGCAAUACUGGCAGGGAUCCGAUGUUGCGCUGCCGCUGCAUCUCCUCGAGCACGCGACCCAUGUCACGGACCUGCGUAUCGAGUACAGCUGCACCCUCCGCAAGCUCGAGCUGCCGCGGACCUGGGUCAUCACCUCUCUUGACCUUGACUGCAGAGAAGGGGACGAUGCUACCCUCAUUCCAUACGUGCGCUCUACACGCUGA